CUGACUGGCGAGUUCUAGCCGGAGGCAGAGCUUUAACCAUAAGCCUGAAAUGGAGAGGAAACUAUCAAACAGUUGACCUGUUCAUCUUCCCUGCCUUACAGAUGGCUUCAUAAAAUUGUUUCAGACAGGAAUAAAGCUGUAUAAUGCCACACGAUGGACAAAGAAUUAGAAGCUGAGAUCCACCCUUUGAAGCAUGAUGACAAAAAGCCUCGGGGGAGUUUGGAAAGCCGAACUGAAAAGGAUGGUUCCUUUAAGAAAGCAUCUCGUCAUUCACGGUGUGCCCAGUGCCGCACAGUUUUUUUCUUCUUUUCAUUAUUUACCUGCCUCUUUGUGGUAUUCAUCAUCUCAUUCAUCAUCCCAUGUCCAGAUCGGCCUUUUUCCGAAAAACUGUGGACAGUAAAUUUUAAUUCAGCAGUAACCUAUGACUUCAUGGCAUUUAAAGAUAUAAACGAUGACACAGUUCAAGAUGUUAUAUUUCUUUAUAAAGACAGCAACAGCAGCAGCAGCAGUUUUAACAUAUCCUGCACAGAUGAAGGCUUUUCCUCCCCGUGUGCUUUUCUUGCUGCUCUGUCAGGUGCCAAUGGCAGCCUGCUCUGGGAGAGGCCUGUUGCUCAGGAUGUUGUCUACAUGGAGUGUUCUGAAACCCAGGGGAUGAAUGCGCCACCCUCAAGUUGCUUCAUUACAGGGAAACACAAUUCUUUCCUUGCAGUUGAUUCUUCCAUAGGGGAAAUACUGUGGAAUCAGCCUUGGGACUUUGGAGUUAAUGUCUCAAUACUGAGUCCCUUCCUGAGUUUACCUGACAUGGCUGGCGAUGGGGUUCAGGAUCUGCUCCUCUUCACCAAAUCAGGGAGAGAGGUUAAAAGUUACCUCUAUUCAAGCAGUACUGGUGACCAAGUUGGUUCCAUGAGUCACCUAAAUCUAGAAGAAGAAGUUGUUGAUUAUAUCAUGCAUACCACAAACUCGGGAGCCUACUACAUUAUUUUUCUUUCUGCAUCUUCCCUCUAUGGAUUCUCCCUGAAGGAACUUUAUGAGGAAAUGACUGGAGCAAAAAAUAUAUUUGAAGAAGAUCCUCAGUGGAAGAAAAUGAUCGACAAUGUUACCCACAGAAUGCCUCCUCUCAGCUCAGGAACCAUCCGCUACCUAGCGAAUAUACCUGGAGAUACAGGGGAAGACAUACUCCUUGUGACAUCUACUGGAUGUGAGCUGUUUGAUGGGCAGAAGCUUAGGUCCAAGUGGACCCUCAAUGCAUCUGAAGUUGUGAGAAAACCAGUCCUUGGCUACUACAAACCAGGUGCCCUUGCUCUAGUCCUUGAAAAUGGAACCGAUGCCCAAAGAAAGAUCUUGAUCGUGGACGCCACCUCAGGUGCCAUCCUUUGGAGCCACACCCUGAGCUCGUUCGCAGGGACUCCCAAGUCAGCCACUGUCCAGACCGCAGACCGACGUUCUGCCUUUUUCUUCUGGGGUAACAGUAACCAAACGGAAACUCUGUACAUGUUCCACCCCACUUUUCCCGAUAUCCUUUUGGAACUUACCAGCAUUACCAAAAACAUUGUGGCCUUUAAUGUGUUGUUUGAACAGCACCACCAUGCCUCUUAUGUGCUGCUGACUGGGCCCACGAGUCAAGACUGGCCUGGCCCGGUGUCUUUAUCAAAGCAAAAGGUGAAAGAGAACAUCCUGAGUGCUCAGGUGAUCUGGCUGGGGCAGGCAAGCCUCGAGAAUGACCAGAGCAUUAAGAACCGGUUUUAUGAGCUGAGAUACAAGAGGAAAGCCUGAACUCCUCAACAGUCAGAUGGUAUCCGGUUUUCCCCUCUGGUUUUUCUUCUUCCUCCCUGAGAAACCAACUGAAGCAAUUAAAAAUCCAAGAAAACUACUUUUCACAUGCUCUCCAAACUGACCUGUCAUGUGCAUAGGCCAGAAGUGCAGUUUCCUUCUCCAGGUCUUUCUCCAGGUGCCUUGCUCUGGGACUCGGGUUUAGGUGGCAUUUUGUAAGAACAGUUAGGAAAGGUAACUCAGGGGAAGCCAGACUCAUUAUACCUUUGGUAGCAUCGAGUCCCACUUUCUCAGUGCGUCUUCACUCCCUGGUUGGGGUAGGGGGAGUCUCCCCUCGUGAUUCUCUUGAAGGAGCCUAUCUGACUUCUCCAAACAGGUUCUCCCUCGGCCCUCUGGUGUUCACAGCCGUGGCCAAAGCUUCUCUGAAGGCAGCCUUACUAGGCCAUGCCCAGCCCUCCAAGCCAAGCUUUCUUAGGCCAUCCACUUUACUCGAGAGCCAGUUUAUUCCAUUUCUGUUGAAAUGGCCCCCUUGAAGGUAUACGGGCUCUGGGGCUGCUGAGUUAGGCUGAGGGAGGUGGGAUGCUCUCUUGCUGGUUUUCCUGUCUCUGUUGAGGAGCAUCUCCAUCUGGCCAAGCUAGCAAGAUCCCCUAAGGGUCCUGAGAAAGGAAAUAAGGUAACCCACAGGGUGACUCAAAUGCUGACACCUGUAGGAGAUUCUAAAGCAGAUGAUACUUUGGGACCCCAGACUAUCCCUCCUCCAGCUUUACCAGACUUCAGACAGCAGCAUCUCUGAUUAAGAUCCUCCCAUCUCGCCCCCAAAUCCUACUUCAGGAAGCUUUCUUUAGCUUGGUCCACUGGGGAUUUUGGCCCGCCGGAGCCCUUUGGGUUGGGUCCCUGAAGGGAGCUGAUGUCAGACUCUAUAGCUGUAGCUAGAGGGAGAGAGCAGUGCUCCCAGCAGCUUUCUGAUGAGCAGAAGGGGGUGGGGCCCUGGGUGGCUGUGCAUUGACGUGAAGACAGUUGCUCACCCAAUUUGGUGGUUUCAAAACUGUACACAUUAAAUGCUUGUGCCAUAAACUCCAAAACAUACCCAGCAGAGGCAACACACACUCGGGAAAUUUCUUUGCACCAGCAUCCAUAGGAGACAGUGGUUUCUGGGGUGUUUUUACCCUGGGGCUGUUCUUCUUUAUGGAAUCAGAAUGAACUGGACUAGUUGCCUUCGAAAGUCAACACCCCCCCCACCCCCACCCCCACACAAAUGCUGCUUAACAUUCAGCAGACGUCUGAGCCCUUCUCAGGGCAGACAGUGCACUUGUUCGGGCAGGCUGGGGACAGCACAUUCUUCCCAUGCUUGGUGGCUUCUGUGGCAAAGGGCUUCACUUCAGUGCCUUGUGGAUCUUAAGCCCCUCUCAGGGCUUGACCUUUAUAACUUAAUACAAAUUGAUUUGAACCCUGCAGUCUCUUCUGGUCUUUUUCAAUAAAUGUUUUUGUGUUGUUUGUAAAUGCUA